AUGAAGACAAACUCCACCACCGCAGUACCAAGUAUGAGGGUCCUCGUCUGCCCUUCAGGCUUCAAAGGUAGUCUUCAGCCAAGUCAGGCCGCGGAUUGCAUUGAAGCUGGCAUCCUAGCCGUUGAACCUCUCGCCUUGGUCCGCAAAGUCCCACUCGUCGAUGGCGGGGAGGGAUUCACUGAGGCAAUCGUCUCUGCAACCAGAGGCUCACUCCACCACAUUCCUGUGACUGGCCCUGUCGGGGAGAUUGUCAUGUCUUUCUUCGGCAUCCUUGGCCGGAGCAGCACGGAUGAACCAGUUACUGCAGUGCUUGAAAUGGCGGCGGCUGCUGGUCUCAGUCUAGUCCCGCCAAGCUGUCGCAACCCUGGAAGGACUACGACAUUUGGCGUUGGCCAACUUAUCCUUGCUGCGCUAGACGCUGGAGCGACCCGCAUUCUUGUUGGAUGCGGCGACUCUGGUACUUGCGAUGGUGGUGCAGGGAUGCUUCAAGCCCUUGGUGCAAAACUGUUUGGCACUAAUGGGCGUCUCAUUCCGAUCGGUCGUGGCGGUGAAUCCCUUAUUAACCUUGGCGCGAUCGACCUGUCUGGGGUAGAUAACCGCGUGUUGAAGGCUAGAAUUGAGGUUGCCGUAAAUUGGCAUAAUGUUCUUUGCGGUCCCGAGGGGGUGGCAAAUGUGUUCGGCCCACAGAAGGGAUCGACUCCCGAUCAAGCCGCUCGUCUGAGUCUCGCCAUGGAACAACUGGCAGAGAUUGCUACUGGGAUUCUUUGCGACAAAAACAUACGUCUGGCACCAGGAGGCGGAGCAUCAGGGGGGCUUGGAACGGGAUUACGUUUGGUUGGGGCCACGUUGAAGCCCAGAUACGAGAUUGUCAUGCAGUACAUCAACCUGCAUAGUAUCUUUAACGAUUGUGAUCUUGUCAUCACUGCAGAAGGCGGUAUAGAUGAUCAAACCCCGAGAGGGAAGAUUCCUGCCGAAGUCGCAAGGCUUGCGAAGAAACAUGGAUUGCCAGUCAUUGCGAUUGCUGGGACAAUUGGCCAGGGGGCCAGGGUGAACUACGAUAUUGGCAUCGAUGCCUUCACUUGUAUCAUCCAGAGGCCAAUGUCUCUGGACGACGCGGUCCAGGAAGCAGAAAAGCUUACCCGAGAGAGUGCGGAGACGGUGAUGAGAAUUGUGGUGGUUGGGAGAAUGCUGGGCAGAGCCAUCUGA